AAUAUGUAACUGCGUUCAUACAGUCGCCGACAGUGCAACGCGCCCGAUAUUCAAACUCUGCGUUCUUGGAGACUGUCACGGAACAAGGGGCGCACCGCGGGGCAAUAUCUGAUGCACGAGGAGAUGCGGCUUGCCUGCCCUCUGGCACCGGGGCCUACCGGGACGUUGUCUGCGAUGGUCCAUGGAUAAGCAUAUGGAGUUGCUCAGCACCAGAACAUCGGCGUGCUUGCCGCGAGCGAUGGUAUCCGGGUGUCGCUUAAUUUCCGCGCACCCUACCGGUCCAGCGUAUCAAGAAUGCGGGAAGCCAAGCGUAUAUAGCAACACCCAUGUGAGCUCAUCGCGUCCAACACCAUCACACCGACGCUAGUCGUAGCCUACGAGUACUUCGGCGUCGUAUCAGCGGCAUGGCACGAGACGGCGCCUGCCGUCCGUCGAGAUCUCCUGGACUUACAGCUCGAUCAUGGACAAAGCUGUGCUCGCUCCGGGAUGCGGUCAGACCCAGUCCGGGCAGCUUAGCGCCACGUGUGCGACCCUUACCUAUAAUGCACUCCGCACGCCGAAGACAGAAUGGGCCCGAUCGCCAUGGAAGGCAGACAACGUCACGUAAAGCCGCAGCCCGGGAGCCCACAAGAGAGAAGCGGGAUCGCAAUCGGCCUCCGAUGACUCCCACCUUGGUCCGCAACCAAGGGUAUAGUCCAAAGUCCAGACGCUGUCAGAGGAGAGAUCGCAUGUAUACGCACGUCCCAGAUCUCAACGCUGGAGAUCAUCCAUGGUAUUCAAACCUAGCUGAGCGAGGCGCUAUCUUGCCACGAUACCCGAUCUCUUGGGAUGCUCCUCACGCGGCAUCUAGUUCGGCUCGUCAUUACGGUUGGUCGCUUUACAAUACAUGUAUUACGGUAGACAGUAUCGAUGCGAAUGGGAUCGAGCGCCAUUGUAACCUGUCAAACCGAUGGUCGUGGCAACACAUACCAUACGGGACUGUGGCCCGUUCCGACCUCGCAUGUGACGUCAGGUUCCUGCGGAGUGGUAGCAAUUACAGCGGUCGCGUACCAUGCCCCUUCCAGCAGCCUUAUUCCUGCGCCACUAGCGUCGGCGCGUGCGGCAGCGCAACAAUAUGCAUGAUGGAGCGGCCGUCGCUCAUUGCCGAAAUCGAACGGCCUGCGAUUCGCCACUACAUGGCCCGCCGAGCGGAGUGGGCUAGAAGCCAGCAACUGGCCAAGUGCUGCUCGGUCCCUGGUUUGAUCCGAAUCGGUCCCGCGUGGAUGGGAGGCGCGGACAUGAGCGGAUGCCGCCGGGCGGACAGUAGCGUCGCCGCUGGCCCUGCUCGACGAGGCCGACGGUGGAUCUCGACUCAAGUACUCAAUGUCCGUCGGUCCGGCGUCCAAGCCUGCUACCCGACCACCGCUGCACGCGGGCGCGGCGUGGCAGCGGUUGAGAAGGAUGCCACCCCCAAGUCUAUUGAGAACCCGUUCCGCGCUGGUCGCGGCAAUUUGGAAAGCUGA